AUGACCACCAGGACCCAAGCAAACGUGAGUUUCGCGUGCGUGCAUGUCAGAACGACUGUCGACUUUCGAGAACAGAAUCAUUCAGGAAAAAGUGACGACUGGGUUAAACUAGUCAGCUCUGACGGGUACUCUUUCCUCGUCAAACGCAACGUUGCCACAGUCAGUGGAACGCUCAGGACAAUGCUGAGCACGGAUAGCACAUUCAGAGAGGCGCUCGUGAACACUUGCACGAUAAGUGAACGUGCUGUUCUUGUCGAGAAGGUUUGCGAGUACAUGGCGUUUAAGGCCCAGUACGAAAGUGCGGGCCCAAAGGAAGAGAUUCCGCUGAACGAGUUUACGGAACGCAUACCCCCUGAAGUGGCCUUAGAACUCCUCUUGGCAGCCGAUUAUCUGGAAGGUGAGGCCUGA